AUGGCAAGUGCUCCAAGAGAAAUAAGUAAACUUCAGUCAGGUAGGUGUGUGAGUAGAGGGGAUACUCGAGAUGAAAGCCUCCCUGGCGCCCUUCACGAGUUUCUACAGGAUGGAAGGACACUCGCGCAGCUUGCAACCGUGACCCCUGGAUUCGGGAGCGCGCAUUGGCCGGCAAGGAUCCCUCUGGUCCAGGUCAGCCGCCACCACGCCACGCGAGAUAGUCCUGAGGCAACUGCGAACUCACCCUGCACGUGGCGGGGGUCUGGCCAGUGCAAGUGCCAAUCCGCAAGCAGCCCCCCGCUGCUCUCCUCCCGCCCCGCCUCCUUGUCCCCCUCCCCAGCUUCACUUGGCGGGGAAAAUCCAGUUGGAGACUGGAGCGCUGUGACCGAACCACAACCAAAGGCAAGCCCUAGUGCACCCAUCCCGGACCGGUUGAAGCCGGCCUCCAGUCCGUGGGAGGCGGGUAUGCUGGCAUGGCAGGAUGGCGGGGCCAAGGCGGCUCCUUCUCACCACAAGAUUUCCUUCUCUGUCCUGGACAUCUUGGAUCCGCAAAAAUUCACGCGAGCUGCGUUCCCACCGGUGCGUCUAGCUGCCCGGGAAGCCAAGAAAAGUUUAGCGGAGGUGGAAGCAGGGGAAGACGCCAGCCCCGAGUCUACGAUCGGGUCGCAGGACACCCCUGAUGCCACGGGCCGAGGCAUUGGCCCCGCGUCCCCCCUGGAAGGCUCGGAAGCGGAAGAGGAGGAGGAAGCUGAGGACGCGGGGCGCGCUCAGCUGCGGGAGCGGCCGGAGCGCUGGCAGGGGGUUCACGAGCGCUCCCCAGAGGCCCGGGCGGUGGUGACGGGAGUGGGGGAGAGUGGCACCGACCCGCUGCCAACAUCCCCCGGCUCCCCCGGCUCCCCGCGGCCCCGGCGCCGGCGAUCUGAGCCUAGCUGCGCCAAGCCACGGCGCGCGCGCACAGCCUUCACCUACGAGCAGCUGGUGGCUCUGGAGAACAAGUUCCGAGCCACGCGCUACCUGUCUGUGUGCGAACGCCUGAACCUGGCUCUGUCGCUCAGCCUCACCGAGACGCAGGUCAAAAUCUGGUUCCAGAACCGAAGGACCAAGUGGAAGAAGCAGAACCCGGGGGCCGACGGCACAGUGCAGGCGGGGUGUGGUACCCCGCAGCCUGGGACAUCCGGUGCAGUGGCGGGAGCCUGCGGCAGUAGCACCGGGAGCAGUCCUGGCCCCCAGGUUCCAGGAGCUCUGCCGUUCCAGACUUUCCCCACCUAUCCUGCGAGCAACGUCAUAUUUCCCCCUUCCUCCUUCCCGUUAACGACAGCCGCCACGGGGAGUCCCUUCACUCCUUUUCUUGGGCCCUCCUACUUGACCCCUUUCUAUGUCCCGCACCUGUAA